CUACACUGCAACAUACAUUAUCAUAUUUAUCAUAUUGUACAAUAUCUACUAUAAGGUAGAUUUAGGCUUUACUAGCUGUUAAUAGUGUGCGUACGUUCGUUUGGUAUUCGAAACUGUACAUUGUUUAAUAACGGUUCAUUAUUGAAUUGCAUUGUAUUUAACUUUAAAGUAAAGUAUGAUUGUGCCGAGUCCGCAGCGGCUUUUAUUAUGUGCGCUGAUACUAGUGCGAAACCUACCAAACCAAGUAGAAGCCUCGGUGGGCUAUGAUCAGUGGGCAGAGAGGCAAAAUCAACUGAACAGAAAAGAUAACACUAUCAUCGUACAUCUGAAUAAAGAAGAAGGAAGAAGGAGGAGGCGGCAGGGGGACAACGGAUUUGUGGACGAAUUGGCUGAAAAGGUAGAAACGGUUGUUGAGCAAGUUUUAUUAGUAUCACCUCCCAUUAGCGAAGGUGAAAACAACAAUGACACAGACCUCGAGGAAAAGCCUAAGAAGCGAGUUUCGGAGGAGAAACAACAAAUCACAGAAACGAUUGUUGUAACUAUAGAGAACGGUACGAUUGCAGAUUCCGCUGCGUCAUGUGCAGAGAUUAUGAAGCUCGAUGAGGUGGACGGUUGCGAUAUAGAUAUACAAUUUAAUGUGGCUCGUCAAAACGUUGACGAGGAAGAAAUAUUGAGAGUAGCUAAGAGUUGGGGACAAGAUCGCCUUGAUCAAGCAAACCCUGUGAGCAAUGAGUGGUAUAACUUAGGGAAUAUAGGAUUGCACGGUGAUGGCGAAGGCGUUACGAUAUAUAUACUAGAUACGGGAAUUCGAGAUACACACAGCGAGUUUCUUGCGGCUGAUGGAACAAGUCGCGCUCGCAAAGGGUUUUCUGCAGGAACGUACACUGAUAUAGACAGUCACGGUCACGGAUCGCACUGCUCAGGCAUCUCUGUGGGCAAGACCGUUGGAGUUGCAACGGCGGCCAAAGUGGUGGGUGUGAAAGUACUCGGAGACACUGGAGGUGGUUCAUUGGGAGACAUCGUCGCAGGCAUCAAUUGGGUACUCGAAGAUUGUGUUGGUAAUUGUGUCAUAUCCAUGUCGCUAACCGUAGGCCCAAUCCCAGACUGGUAUCCGCAGACGGCUUUGGAGAAGGCUAUCUCUCUUGCAAGGGAUAUGGGAAUCCCGUCCGUUGUUGCGGCUGGUAAUAAAAACCAGGAUGCGCAUUUAUAUAUCCCUGCCCGUGAGCCCACUGCAAUCACAGUGGGUGCCAGCGAUUGGUUAGACAAACGUGCAUGGUUUUCAAAUUGGGGUAAGAUCGACAUGUGGGCCCCGGGAAAUAAUAUUGUCUCCGCAGAUGAGGACAGUGAUACUCAACUGGUAGUUAUGUCAGGCACGAGUCAGGCUACGCCCUACGUAGCCGGAGUCAUCGCUGUUUACAUGAGUCAGAAAGAUUUCCAGCUGACUGUGGACGAGAUAAUGGACGCUAUGAACGGUGUUGGAAUUUUAAAUAUUCCAUCAGAGGGAGACAUGUUCUUACAGGGCGUUUUCGACUCUGGAAAAAAUUAUAGUGCACCAGAGCCCUCACCAAGCGCAAGUCCGUCAGUCACUGCGUCACCUACAAUGUCGAUGCUGCCACCGUCAGCUUCGCCGUCGGUUACCGCUUCAGCUACCCCGAGUGCCUCAGUGACGGCGAGUGCGAGUCCAUCGAUGAGUACAUAUCCUUCGACGAGUGCAAGUCCUUCAUUCAGCGCGAGUCCCUCAUUGAGCGCGAGUCCCUCGCUGAGCACUAGUCCCUCAAUGAGCAUGAGUCCAACUGCGUCACCAUUAUCAACUCCUGAUGAUCCUUGCGUUUUAUCCCCAUGUCUCAAUGGCGGUGUUUGCGAUACCACAGGUGUUGGGUUAUACAAAUGUAGAUGCGUUGGUGGUUUUGUCGGUGUCGACUGUGACACGGAGUUCGUGCCUGACGAGUGUACCGUGCCAUCUUCUGCCAUUAUUUGCUCAGAGGCUAUCUUUGACGCUACAUCAUACAGCGAGAACCGAUUGAUCCAGUCAGAUGGUCAAGCUGUGAACCCUUAUUUCGGUGGCGAUGGUGGACGUUUGCGAUUCUAUAUUUUUGGACCUUUGGGUUCAUUCCUUCAAGUAUUACAGGCAGAUGGGCCAAAUGGUACAUGGAGCGUUGCUGGUCGAAGUGCUAGAGUGAGUUCUGUAUUCUCAAACAGCGUGUUGCAGCUAGACAUGAAUGACCUUCCUGCAGGUAUAUAUGAGGCAGUACUGAAGGCGGGAUCGCUUUCGGAGCCAACCCCUGUGCGAGUACUCGUAGUACAGUUUACGAACAACGCUCAAUGGGGAUCACUAAUCGAUUCUGAUGAGCUGCAGUCGGGUAUUUGUACAACCACUUGCAAUAAUGUCGAGGGUUCUGCUGAGUCUGUCCAGGAUGCAGCAUAUGGUGAAGGGUAUCAACAAUCUAUAGACGGGACUUGGGUGUUACCUGCAGGAGUCGUUGGCACAAUUCGGGCAAAUUUUGCUGCUCCAAAAUUUAGUCGCAUGCAGAUGAUGGUGAAGAAUGCUGAUGGGGGAUGGAAUUUAUUCAGAAAAAGUAAAUGGACAAUGAAUGACGGCGAUACAGUAGAAAUGAAAGCAUACGAAAUUCCUGAAGGAGAAUACAAGUUCGAGGUCAAAAUGUUGAAUCCCGGACCUUACCAACUGGUGUACCAUCAGGAGAAUUUCGAGGUGACCCCGGAAGGCAAAUACUUGUCUUCCGAGCCUAUCACCCCCAUUGUAACAAAUGUAUCAUCGGCUGAACCCACAGCACGUUUCUUACUCAAAGUGUUAGAAGUUGAUUCGUAUUCAGUAGCGUGUGUGUACUCCUCCCCGGCUUUGUCUGAGACAACCCUCUGCUAUGAAAUGGGUGACGAGGUUCCGGUGAUGGAGUGGAAUAAUGUCAACGGUCGAGAUGAUCUGUUACAAAUUCUUGUGGUGGGCGAGUCACAACCAGGGUUUAUCAAGCAUGCCAUGUUUGAUGAAGAAGGACUACUCAUUGGCCCUGAAGUGUCGAGUGCAGGCGCGGAGAACAAUAAUGAUGGGAGCACUUUUGAUGCACGUCCUGCCGGUUUCCUACCUGCGACAAGUUUACCGGACGAUGCAUGAACGUACUGUAAUUUAAAUUAUUACGGGGAACGUCAGGUGCUACAUAGCUGUUCGAAGCGAAUGACCAGUAUUAAACUAAGCCAGCUGCAUGGGCACGAUUUUGCGUCCAUAAAGACGAGCAACUGGAGAUUAUCGCUUCCUGAAUGCUCAGAAGCGGACCAGAAUUCACCAGCGCUGGCGGCGUGAUUUGCGUUUUCGGUUGAAUAUUUUACACAAAAUUCUGGUCUGAUUUUAAAACGACUUGAUAUCAAUGCCGCUUUUCGACCGUGAAUAGCCUGGACAGGUACUAUCACGUUGUCAGAAAGCCUUGCUCUGGUGCCGCUGUGGGAGUCACGACGAUCACAGGAAUCGGACGAGCGAACGGGGGUCAUAAGCUGAAAUGUAUUGCUUAUGUCGUUGCGUCGGAGACCUUCCUGAAGGGUUUACCUACAACCUUUUAGUCACUAAUCCGCGACGCUUCCGAUAACAAGAUAUACCAAUAUAUACGAGUCAAUCUCACAUCACGUAAUGUAGAGGUGACGAGGGUGGUUCAUAUCUGCCCUUUGAUUGGUGGUUUCUGAUUCGAGCCAUGUAAGAAACCAAAUGAACUCGAACAUGCUUUGAAGCGAACAAGGCGAAACAAAUUAAAAUCUAAGCAUUAUCC